AUGAGCAAAUUCCAGGAGAAUAUUAAGCACUUGAUCCCAAGACCAAAAACACCAGUCGUCAAACCACCGAUGUACCGCUCGAUUUACACUGAGUCUGUGAGGAGGACGUACAAGUCGAACAAUAACUGUCAUAAAACUAUGGGCUAUGCCGAAGUUGAGCUCGAUCCACCGUCACAGUUUCUAAAAAAACACACCAGAAAAGAGAUGAGACCAUUUGUCGAAAUAAAUAGAACCAAAUGCUGUGCUAGAAAAUCGAUUCAGCGGCCGUGCGACGGCGCACCGACAAAUGCUUCCAAAAAACUGCCAACAAAAACGCGGAAAAACAUUAGGCAAACUAACAUCAUUGACGUUAUAAGGAGGGUGCCACCAUUGCCGAAGCAUCGGGUCCAAGACACGAGGAAUGGACACAUAAUUGUUCUGAACGAAGCUGGAUGGAGCCCACGUACGUGUCCAAGAAGAAUAGAUAAAACGUUUUUAUAUAAACAAAAUUAUGGGAAAACACCUGCUUACAAUCGUGAAAAAUGUAACAAGGAAAAAGAAAUGGCCCAAUUGAUGGAGACUGAACGAAAACGAGCUGUAAAACCUCCAUUCCGGUAUUUGCCCGAAAGCGAACGUAACGAAAUGUUAAGCGGACUGAAGACAAAUUGGGCUGAACUUCACAAGGAAUUUUUACUGUUGCCAAUGCUCACCGACACGGUACCGAAAAUGAAAAGGAAAACCAUGUUGGAGAAGCAAUUGAACAACUUGGAGAAAGACAUCGACCUGUUAGAGAGGAACCCCUCCAUUUAUGUAUGCCAAGAUGUAUAG